AUGGUCUGGCACGAGGUGCUGGGCGUCGUCGCCCGGACAGAUGCGUCCAUACCUGAUAUCACUGCGCCAUGGCCGGUCAAGGACAUUGUAUAUGUGGCCAUUAUCGGCGGCAUCAUGUUGGCCGCCCUGCUCGAAUGGUUCCUAUGGGUUGCCGCCUUCCUCUACUGCAUUGUCAAAGUCUUCCAGAAGGCAGAGACCAUUAGCGUUCGGAUACUAGCUAUAUUCUUUGGUAUUCUCUUCUUUCUCCUCCGUGCAAUCUUCCUGCCCAUCAUGGUCGUCACGCUGCCUCUGCCCCCGCAGGUCGUCAAGUAUUUCCCCCAGCAAAUGGUCGACUUCCUGCAAUGGUUCGCUUUCUGGUCCUUUGCUGGUCUCCUGACCAUUCCCUGGUUGUUCUGUGUCUACCAGCUUGUUACCCACUCCGUCGGGCGAACCCGCAGGAUCAAGUCUGUCCUCGACGAGGCUUCUGCUCCCAAGGUCGUCAUCAUCAUGCCCUGCUACAAGGAAAUUCCGGAAAUUCUUCUUCGAACCUGCGACUCACUGGUGGACUGUGAAUACCCACCUUCUUGCCUGCAUAUCUUCCUUUCCUUCGACGGAGACCAGGAGGACGAACUCUACUUGAACACCAUUGAGAAGCUCGGCGUACCUCUUACUCUCGACUCUUACCCCAAGUCCAUUGAUGUCAUCUACCGUAGCUGCCGUAUCACUGUCUCUCGCUUCCCUCACGGUGGCAAGCGCCAUUGCCAGAAGCGGACAUUCAAGCUCAUCGACAAGAUCUACUCCGAGUACAUCAAGCGCAACGACAACCUCUUCGUGCUCUUCAUCGACUCUGACUGCAUUCUCGACAAGACUUGCAUUCAGAACUUCAUGUACGAGAUGGAGCUCAAGCCUGGCAGCAAGAAGAACAUGUUGGCUCAAACCGGUGUCAUCACGUCCACAACCGAGAAGAACUCGCUCAUCACCCUGCUUCAGGACAUGGAGUACGUCCACGGUCAGCUCUUCGAACGUUCCGUCGAGUCUGGAUGCGGUGCCGUCACUUGCUUGCCCGGUGCCCUCACUAUGCUUCGUUUCUCUGCUUUCCGCAAAAUGGCCAAAUACUACUUCGCUGACAAGGCCGAGCAAUGUGACGAUCUCUUCGACUACGGAAAGUGCCAUUUGGGCGAGGACCGCUGGCUCACUCACUUGUUCAUGAUUGGCGCAAAGGAGCGAUACCAGAUCCAGAUGAACACCGGAGCUUUCUGCAAGACCGAAGCCGUACAGGACUACCGAUCCCUGCUCAAGCAGCGUCGCCGAUGGUUCUUGGGUUUUAUCACCAACGAAGUGUGCAUGUUGACGGAUAUCCGACUCUGGCGUCGCUACCCCAUCCUCCUCGUUGUUCGAUUCAUGCAGAACACGAUCCGAACCACCGCCCUGCUCUUCUUCAUCUUGGUCAUCUCCCUGUGCACUACUUCCCAGAAGGUCUCCAAUCUUCCGGUCGGUUUCAUCGCCAUCUCCCUUGGGCUCAAUUGGCUUCUCAUGCUGUACUUUGGCGCUAAGCUUGGCCGCUAUAAGAUCAUGCUCUAUCCUCUCAUGUUCGUCGUCAACCCGUUCUUCAACUGGGUCUACAUGGUCUACGGUAUCUUCACUGCUGGUCAACGUACUUGGGGUGGUCCUCGCGCCGACGCAGGUGCCGCUGAUACCACAAAGACUCCUCAGCAAGCUAUCGAGCAAGCCGAAGCCACUGGCGAUGAUCUCAACGUUGUCCCCGAGACCUUCAAGGCCGCAGCUGAGGCUAACAAGCACCGCCCCGGGCCUAUUCCUCUCCAGCCAUCAGACAACAUCGAGGGACGCUUUGCCCAGGCCGAGAGGCUGCCCAACGGAUGGUACCAGCAAGGAAACGACUCUGGUCUUACGCUCCCCAACACGCUGCCUCGCAACCCCAACGUCCCCAACGUUCCUCUGCAUCCGCGCUCUUCCAUGGAUUCGUUCUCUUCAUCCGCCAACAACUCCAUCUACAUGCCUCGUCGCGUCGAAAGUUUCAUGGAUCCCGAGGAUGCUCGCAUCUACCACAAGACCCAGCAGACGCAGAAGCCCGCCGGUGGCGCAUUCUUCGAGGAGGCUCGCCAAGGACCCUACGACGCCGGCCACAGCUCCAGCAAGAACGCCUACCAAGAGUCUGUUGACUCGUUCUCUGACGACUCAGUCUACCACUCGAAGGCGGCGCCGCAGCGACCUCAACCACCGCGCAUGAACAGCGACAACAGCAAUUCUGGUCAGCGCACUCCGUCCAAUAACUCGCCUCUCUCCGCCGAAUACGGCCAGAACGGCCUCGACGCACCCAAGCCAGCCUACAACCGGACAACCAGCGGAGAUCAGUUGCGCAGUGGACGCAGUCCCCUCGCACGCCAGAGCUACGUUCGCACUGCUCCAGGCGAGGGUAUUGAGCUUCAAGCACCGCAGCAGAGCAGCCUGAUGCGCGAUGUAUCGCCUGCGCCGCUUGGUCAGCCUUCGAUGCCCGCUGCAUCGUCAAAUCACCAGCGAAGCGAGUCGUCGGAUUCGAAGAAGCGGAAGAGACUUAGCAAGGCGCCUCCUUCGAGCCGCAAGUAA